AUGGAUUGUUCACCUGGAGUGCUAAUCCUGUUUUCUCUCUUAUGUUCAGUGGCUGGUCAAGUUCCGGUUGUCUCUGUGGAGCCCCGGGCAGCUACUGUGCGCCAAGGGGAGUCUGUCAGCUUUAGGUGCCAAGUGGGGAGCGGUGCACAGCCAAUUCAACUGGAGUGGAAGAGAGCCAAUAACCAAGCAUUACCAGACAAUGUGAAGAUUGGUCCUGAUGGCUCUGUGCUGACGGUUGCUAAUGCCCGACCUGGAAACCAGGGCCAGUUCCGCUGCGUGGCAGCCAACUCUGCAGGCCGCAGCACCGCCACAGCUGUGUUGAACGUCAAAUUUGCUCCCAAAGUGCAGCUGACACCAGCAGGGCCCCUGCAGGUCAGAAUAGGUGACCCGGUGUCAGUGGAGUGUAAAGCCACAGGCAGGCCACGGCCCAAGUUGACCUGGAAACGCCAAGGAUCCUCCCUGCAGCUGGUUACCCGGGAGACAAAUGAUGCCAACACAAUAGAGUGGCCUGCAGUGCACCCAGAGGACUCAGGAGUUUAUAUUUGCCAGGCUGAAAACAACGAGGGGGUGACAGAGGUCAAAAUUGACAUCAUUGUUGAGGGGGGGCUGGGAGCACCAGUGGCGUCAGUGAGCACUACAGAGAUGACAGUCGUGGAGGGACAUACAGUCACGAUGUCGUGUCGGGCUAGUGGUUCCCCUCCUCCUGUCAUCACCUGGUCCAAGCUACGAGCACCGCUGCCAUGGAAACACACAGAGGAUGGUGGAGUUUUGACACUGACCAGCGUGGGGCGCCAAGAUUCAGGCCAAUACAUCUGUAAUGCAACCAACAUACAUGGCUACAGCGAGGCGUACACGCAGGUGGAGGUGGAGAGUCCUCCGUACGCCACCUGCCUGCCUGACCAGGUGAGGCUCCGGCAGGGAGAUGCCCUGGUCGUGCAGUGCCUUGCCCAUGGCUCUCAUCCCAUUCAGUUCGAGUGGAGCCGGGCAGGCAGGGCGAGAUUGCCUGCAGGAGCAGAGACCACAAAGGAUGGUAGGCUGCUCAUAGCCCACGUUAAACUGUCUGACAGCGGAACGUACAAGUGUGUGGCCACCAACCACAUCGGCUCCAGUGAGGCACUGGCCAAAGUCAUCGUAAAAGCUUAAUCCACUGUGGUCACAACGUCUGAUUGACAAACCAUCUAUGCAGCGAUUACAACCUCUGCACACCUGGUUUGUAGCCGUGAGGACAGUGAAAUGGUUAAUACUGACAAAACAGAGAAAAUUAUAUUUAAUAAAUUCAUUUAUUUUGAUGUAUUAAAGUGAAAUAUAUAUGCUGUUUAAACUUUUUUAUUGUGCAGAUUGGGUUAAUUAUGUUUUUUCUUAGAAAACCGAUACUGUUGCUAGUAUUGCUCCUAUCUCAUAUUUGCCUUUGGAGAGCUUUUCUCUGGACCUGUGUGUGGAACGACAUCCUGCACUACAUGUGUAGGAGUUUCCCCUGCUGGAAUGUCUCUGCACAAUGUCCUCCUCCCUUUAUGUCAUCUGAUCUUGUCUACACUACACUGUCUAAACUGUUCUAAUAUAAAACCCUUUAUAAUGCCAUUAAUUAUUAAAACAAUAAAGACCAAAUAAAAUAAUGUAUUACACA